ACGGCCGCAGCGCUUCCUCCCCGCGCAUUCCUGCGCACCGCGUGCCCACACUGCCCUGAGCCCGUUGUACUCCACCAGCCCCCAGCCUGGGCCGUGGUAGUGACAGCAGGUGGCCUUGGGCACAGGCAGUGGCCUCCCCCUCAGGCACACAGCCCUGAGAUUCACCAGCCACCUUUGAGGGUGGCUCAGCUCCUGGUGGCUCCCCUGCAGAGGCUGCCUCAGUCCCCACCCCUGGGGCUGCUGGCCCCCAAUCCUGCCGGCCUUCCCCAUGCCCGGCUGAGACACUGCAGUGGCCCCAGCUGCCUGCACCUCCUCUGGUCUCCAAGGCUGGCAAGGCAGUGCACGACACCGCGGGUCCCGGACAGCCAACGGACACCGCCGCCAGCCCGAGCUGCAGCGGCAUGGGCAGCGCCAGUCCGGGCCUGAGCUCUGCGCCCCCCGGCUGCCUGCUGCUGCCCCCCGACGCGGCACUGCACUCAGGCCUGGAGAAGGUGGCGGGGCCUGAGAAAGGGGACUGGAGCCCCAGCCCUCCUGCCUCGCCCGAGCAGGGCCUGCCCGCCUUCUACCUCUCCGACUUCGACAUGUUGUACCCUGAGGCCGGCACCUGGGUGGCCAAGGGCCCCAUGGCCGGCACCCGGGAGGAGCCGCCCGAGGAGCCCGAGCAGUGCCCAGUCAUCGACAGCCAGGCCCCGGGGGGCAGCCUGGAUCUCGAGCCGGGCGGGCUGGCGCUGGAGGAGCACUCGCUGGAGCAGGUGCAGUCCAUGGUGGUGGGCGAGGUGCUCAAGGACAUCGAGACGGCCUGCAAGCUGCUCAACAUCACCGCGGACCCCGUGGACUGGAGCCCUGGCAAUGUACAGAAGUGGCUUCUGUGGACCGAGCACCAGUACCGGCUGCCCGCCGUGGGCACGGCCUUCCAGGAGCUGGGGGGCAAGGAGCUGUGUGCCCUGUCUGAGGAACAGUUCCGCCAGCGCUCACCCCUGGGUGGGGACGUGCUGCAUGCCCACCUGGACAUCUGGAAAUCAGCGGCUUGGAUGAAGGCGAGGACCUCACCUGGGGCUGUCCACUGCUGCGCAUCCACCAGCGAGGACAGCUGGGCAGACAGUGAGGUGGAUUCAUCGUGCUCGGGACAGCCCAUCCAUCUCUGGCAGUUCCUGCGGGAGCUGUUGCUCAAGCCACACAGCUAUGGCCGCCUCAUCCGCUGGCUCAACAAGGACAAGGGCAUCUUCAAAAUCGAGGACUCUGCCCAAGUGGCCCGGCUAUGGGGCAUCCGGAAGAACCGCCCAGCCAUGAACUACGACAAGCUGAGCCGCUCCAUCCGCCAGUAUUACAAGAAGGGGAUCAUCCGCAAGCCGGACAUCUCCCAGCGCCUGGUCUACCAGUUCGUGCACCCCAUCUGAGGCCCUCAGUCACCCUGCCUCUGUCCUGCCACCUUGGCUCUGGCCACAUGUGGCCAGGCUUGGGGACCAAGGGCAGCUUGAGGUUGGGUCCCCAAGCACAAGGUCAGGGGGCGGCCCACUGUUGCCAGGGGUACAGCAAGCUCCCUGGGACCCCGGCCCUUGCUGCUUACAUAUACAGUGCCCUGGUGGACGCGGGGUAACAGGCUGCUCCCCACGAAAGGACCUCUCCACCCGCCUCGGACCCCAUAGGCCCAGAGCAGCACCUGCCAAACAGCGGGGAUGCAGCGUGGCUGUGACUGUGGGGCAUCCUCUGUCCCAGCCCUUCUGCCUGCUCUACCCCAGGCCUGGCGAGGAGCUAGGAGGCGCCUGCACCCUGAGGUGGGAGCCAGGGAUGUGAGCAUAUAGACAGGUCUCCAGGGUCGGUGAGGGGAUGGGAGCGUCUGGAGCCCACUGGUGGUCAAGUGGUUACCAGUGGUCACGCACAGCGACACACACCUAGAUCCCAGCACUCUGGGAGGCUGAGGCAGGAGGAUGCCAUGUGGGAGCCCCUU